AAGAUCAGAGUAAUAGUCCACUUGCUGGUUCAACCAUCUUUGAGAGUGUUUGAAAUAAAAUGGCCGAUUACCUCCCUCAACGGAAUGACUGCCAACAUCGGCAACGAUUUGAUUAACAAAGCAAUCCACAUGACUACCUUGUGGCAGUACUAGGUCGAUAUAAAUACCAACUAUACAAUAUAUUUAUUCUCAAAAACAACUCCACUCAAUUCAAAAUGACGAAUGAAAGUGAAACAUCGUUCUUAAAUAGCACAAUGGCUAUUUUGAAAAAUGCAACUUCAGACCUUGAUCUCACGAAUGUUAUCAUCAUAAGUCAGGCAGUCAAUGCCAUUCUCCUUUCAUUGUCUUCAUGGAUCUUUAUAUCAAUGAUAUACUAUGGAAUGACGAAUGAAAAUUGGAAAAAGAAUGACGGAAGGUCCAAAUCCAACAGUAAACUUGCCUAUAACGUUUGUAUGCUUUCAAUAGCUCUGCUUGUACCAAGAUAUUCCAUUUAUGCGGCAAUGUUUCAACUUCCUUCAAUAGAAAAUGCUUUACAGUGGUGUGAGCUGAUAUCAGAUGUUGCAAUAACAAUCCGACUUCUCUCUCGAUAUGCGAUGUAUUUUUUUCUCUGGCUGCGACAGAAACUCUUGUAUGCCCAUCCCUCAACUCUUCAACUUGCUGGAAAAUAUGUAAAUGCCAUCAGUUGGUUGGCACUGGCGGGAAUCACGUUAACCUUUGUGGGAAUUAUUGGCAACUCUAUUAUUCCGAAAAAGUUUAUUGGAUCUACUUAUGGCUGUGUAAAACGUACGAAUCGUUCUUCUUAUCCUUUAGUUGGAGCUCUUCUUGGUACAGGACUGACAUUGUCACAAGUUUUACUGCUGGGCUUGUUCAUUUACCCAGUGAUUCGAAGUGACAAAGUUAUGCAGAGGCACAAUCAAAGCCCGACCAAGAAAGCAUCAACCAAUGAAGUUCAUAACCAAUCGCGUUGUUUUAGUUGCAUCGCUACAAACUCCAGCAGUCCAGUAGGUCAAAUCAUAAAUCGUUGCAUAGUUGGCACAAUCAUCGCAAUUUUGUCAGACGUCUUAGGAGGUGGUUUAAAGAGCGUUCUACCCCACACCAUCUAUCCGCGCUCAAUAAUGGACACAAUAUUCGGCGUUAGCACUUUUAUCAACGCUUACUGUGCUCUAACAACAUUCAAGAGCCAUUGGUCCAUUCUGUUUGUGCUGUUUCGAAAAAAAAAUCGGGAAAAUAUCAAGGAACGACGUGAGAAUCGAGCUUCCCCUCCUUCGGCAGCGAGUGUUACCACUGCAGUAUAAGAAACGUUGUUUGAAACAAAACGAAACUUUUAUGCUCUAUGCAGAAUAGGAUACGUUGGAAUAUCAUUUUAAAGACAUGUUAAAUAUCCAUUACGGAUGGAACGUUCCCAGGAGACUGUGCUGCACCAAAUGAAAUGAAUCGCAAUUUUCAUAUGUGUUCAAUUUAUCAUUUUCAAGCAUUAAAAAAAUAAAGGAAUAAAUUGGAACACCUUUUCUAUUAUAACUGAGUUUAUAACUUUUGCAAUUUGUGUAGAAUAGAUGAUCGGAAUUAGGCGAUAUAAAAAGCGAAUAAAACAGCGAAUAUUUUGUGAAGAUAUUAUUUACGGUACUACAUAGGAAUAAGUUGUCCACGAUAAAUCGUAAGCGUAAAGAUAAAUCGUAAGAAAAAGUAUUCACACAUUUUUAUAUUCUCAUGAAUUACUCGAACAAUUUUUAUGUUCAAUAUUUACAUAGCGUUUUGCUCGGCUAUUUCUGUGAUAUCAAUCAAUUUGGCAGCUAUGAUGCACCGUAUGUAUGCUUUGUUCUCUAUUGUUGUUUAUGUGUUAUGUUUUACGUUAAGUUAACAGUAUUACAUAGUUUAUUUAUUUACAUUUAGUUAAUUUUGUUAGAAUAAUUCAUACUUUUUCCCACUCUAUAUUGUGAUAUGUGCAUUUACGUAACGAAGGAAAAACAUUU